UACCAUCGUUUAUCUAUGCGAUCAUUCUCACCAUCUAUAAAAACGGCGAGUGCACCAUCAGCCUUAUUUUACACACACCGGUUGAGCGUAGCUGAGGUCAUUGCCCUGCUUAUAUCAUCGAGAUGGCCCAACAAGAGUAUAAGCUUCUGGGCGACAAACUUUUCACAUACAAGGGCACCGUAUUUCCAGUGGAUGACACCCAGGAGCUAACGACGGAGUACAUAGACAGCCUAGAGAGCUUCGAGAUAAGAGACAGCGAUGUCUUUGUGGUUACAUUCCCCAAGUCCGGUACAGUAUGGACGCAGCGCAUCAUCACUCUCAUAUUCGAGGAGGACUUCCCGGACCAGGCCAACGAGAUCACCUUCACACGCAUGCCCUGGCUGGAGUUCUUGGAGAAGGGCAAGGACUACACCACGCGGCCCUCUCCCCGCCUCUUCUGCUCCCACCUGCACCCCCACCUCAUGCCCCGCGGGCUGCAGCAGGGCCGGGGCAAAAUCAUCUAUGUGAUGAGGAACCCCAAGGAUGCCAUGGUGUCGUAUUUUCACUUUGCCAAAUUCAUGAAGAAGCUGGACUCUCCUCCUGACUAUGACGCAAUGUUGGAGAAGUUCUUGUCUGGGUGGAUGGUUGGAGGGUGCUGGUUUGAUCAUGUCAAAGGAUGGCACACCAACAAGGACAAAUACGACAUCCUGUUUCUGACUUAUGAGGAGAUGAUCAAGGAUCUAAGGUCGGUCAUAGUGCGGCUCUGUGACUUUGUGGGGAAGAACCUGUCGGACGCAGCCAUAGACAGCGUGGUGGAGCGGGUCACAUUCAACAACAUGAAGAACGACUCCAAAGCGAACUAUGAGUUCUUCCCAGAGGAUGUAAAAGAUCCCACCAAAGGAAAGUUCCUACGUAAAGGAACCAUCGGGGACUGGAAGAACUGUCUGACGGUGGCCCAGAGUGAGCGCUUUGACCAGGUCUACGAGGAGAGGAUGAAGGACGUCCCUCUCCAGUUCGUCUGGGACAUUAAGGAGCUGCAUGGUUGAGCAUCUGACAACUCAACCUACCACAUAAACUCACAAGGAACUCUGGGCAAUAGAAAACCACAGGCAGUUUUUAAAACACAUGCUGCUGUCUUGCUCACAGAAGCUGAGGUGGCAGCAGACUGCAUCAUGAUCUGUCCCUUCAAACUUGGUGUUGAUGGAGAUUUGUUAUUGUGGUUUGUUGACAAUUAAUAUUCUUCCCUGUCGUGGGCGACAUAAUGAAUUACACAGAGCCCCAUCACAUGUUCUCAAUGACUCUUCAUCUCUGGUCUUCUUCAGUAAACUGUGACAUUUAUUGCUACUAUUAGCAUUGCUAUGUUAUCUAAGAGUCUCAGGUAUCUUCUACUGUAUUAACUGUUCCUCUUUUCUUAGGUCGAAUACCAGUUUUUCAACUAAGGUGCUAGAUUAUUACUAAUUACUUGGUCAUCCCAGAAUGGCGGUAUAAACUGAAAUGCAAUGCAAUCUUAUAGAGUUAUUAGACAAUUCUGUGGAUGUCCCUGUAGGUGAUACGGAGAAACGAAACCUCAUUUCCUCAUGUCGGUAGGGCUGGUAAUAAAAGUGGAUAAAAGAAACAUUUGUGCUGGCCGAAUGAAUUGGCCCUUGGCUAUCAAUUUGUCUGAAAGAUACCGCUCACAUAUUUUUUCCAUAAUGAACUAUUCACUCCAUAAUUGACUCUGAGUUAAUUUGAACUCAAACAAAUUGACAUUCAUCUUCAUUAUACAGGUAGGCCUAUUAUAUGUCCCUUUCUCUCCCUCCCUGCCUCCUACUCUCUUAAUUCUUCAUUCAUCAGCGUUUUUGAUUUCAUGUUCAUAAUGCAACCGUAAAACCAAAAUACAUUUACAUGUCAAAUGUAGAAAUAAAUAAAUAAAUAAAUCCACAGAACAGUAUGCAAUGCUUGCUCGCCCCAGCAGAGUGUGCAAAUGCAUUAGACGACAGGAAGCAGCAGGUCGGGUGGACAGCAUCAGGACGACUGAGAUACUGACCUUAACCAAUUUGUGUUUUAAAAUUAGGCCUAUAUACUUGCAUGCUAUUCAAUAGCCCAUUGUGGUCUUUCUUUGAGUCUUUGCAGGGUCAUCAUCUUAUAAAAUGUUUUCCUUUUUUGGUGAAUGUUACAUUGCAAAACAUGGGUCUUCAUGAGGUUGAGAAGUCACAUGAGCCUGCAUGAGUUUGACAUGAUGUCACAUGGGUGCUGACAACUGUCACACUGACCUGCUGCAACACUAACGAAUGUAGCAAGGCACAUGUCACACCUUUGAACUCAGACUGGUUACAUUUAGCACUGAACAAUGCAUGGC